CGGGACUGAUAUUAGUAACUGUCGAACGUUGAAACGGAAAACACCCAUCCCGUUGGUGCGUGCGUGCGUGAGUUAUCUUUGGACGUAACCUUGUGACACUUUGGGGCACGCCUCCUCUCCGGCGCCGUCCGAUGACCUUGGCCGCUGCAUGAACCGUGCUGAACCCGUGUCCACUUGUGUCGCCUUGCAUCUAUUAGUUGACCGUUGCGAGCUUGUUGACGUGAAAGUGAAGUCAACGCCGCGCCGUCCGUGUGACGUAAUUAUCGGCCGUAUUGGUCGUCGUAGUCGUCCAGUCGUUGUGUGUUCAUAACUUAUAAACCGACAUCGUCUUGAUACGAGCGGCCAGCACGUGCAUCACUGCCUGUAUUGGUGAAGCUCUCCAAGCACAAGCUGUGUGUCUGCCACACGAACUCCUCUACUAGUCGCACUCAAUGUUUACAGUCAAUUGGAGCUGCUGACUUGCAGGUCACCGCGAAGAAACUGUCCAAAAUGGAGUGAUACAUCGGCAACAACCGGAGAAUGCCAUCCACCGAAACCAAACGCACUGUGAACGCUGCUGUCUACUAGUUUUACGUCGCCUUAAAGUUAGUUUGUACCUCUACAAAGUGUAGCUGUGAGUCAUGGAUCGAAUACUGCGAGGAGUGAUGCGGUAUCGCAACACCACCCGCGAGCAGAUGGUGAAGGAGUUUCAGAAAGUCCGGGACAAUCCACAGCCCAAAGCGGUGUUCUUCACCUGCAUGGACAGUCGGAUGAUCCCCACCCGGUACACGGACACGCACGUGGGCGAUAUGUUCGUGGUGCGAAACGCGGGCAAUCUGGUCCCGCACGCCGAACACUUCCAGGACGAGUACUUUAGCUGCGAACCGGCAGCGCUGGAGCUGGGCUGCGUGGUCAACAACAUCAAGCACAUCAUCGUGUGCGGCCACAGCGAUUGCAAAGCCAUGAACUUGCUGUAUCAGCUGCGGGAUCCGCAGUUUGCUUCGAGGAAAAAUCGUCGAAUUUCCCCGCUCCGGGCCUGGCUCUGCGAGCACGCCGACACGAGUUUGGAAAAGUUCCAAAACCUGCAGGAAACCGGCCUCGACAAACCCAUCAUAUUCUCGUCGGAAACGCCUCUGCGGAAGUUUGUGGCGUACAUCGAUCCGGAGAACCAGUUCGCCAUCGAGGACAAGCUGUCCCAGGUGAACACGCUGCAGCAGAUCGAGAACAUUGCCUCGUACGGUUUUCUGAAGAAGCGGCUCGAAUCGCACGAUCUGCACAUCCACGCGCUGUGGUUCGACAUCUACACGGGUGAUAUCUACUACUUUAGCCGCAACUCGAAGCGAUUCAUUCCGGUCGAUGAGACCACCAUCGAGCGGCUGCUGAAAGAGGUCAACCAGUUCUAUUCGUGAUGGAGUUGGUGGGAAGCUCGAAGUUACAAGAUGUCUAGGUUAGAAAUUGUGUCAAGAUUUGUUGCUUGUUUUGCUUGAAACUGGAAGCUUUUAUACAACCUUA